CUUGCUGGCAGGGAAUCAUGCAGUGAAUAGACACAACAUAGCAGAGCAUUAUAGCUUCGCUGUUGCCGUUAAAGUGAACCUUUUUGAUGCCGAUAACAGAUGCUGCUGACGCUACUACUGCUGCUGCUGCUGCUGACCUGUGGAGCAGCGUCUCUAAGCGUCAUCACUGUAAAACAGUAGCAGGCUGCAGAGAGAGAGAGAGCAGCGCAGAUGCCUGGGACCACAACAACACCCGUGUGUAAAGAUUUGCACAGUCCUCAGCGCAAAGGCUGGAGCAUGUACCUAGGCCUGAAUAAUGGAGACUCUCCAGGUGAUGCGGAAACAUCGCAAGACAUUAUCUGGGAUCCGACCUCUCCCACUCCAGCAAACGCAGGCGCUGGGAUGAAAAACACCAGAGUUGUGGAGAUAUCAGAUAUUGCCAACCGCAUUGCCCCAAAGGGCAUAAAACCGAAAGCAACUGACUCAUCUCUGCUGCAGUGGAUCGGUGACAGUGCUGUCCCUUGCACACCAGAGGUUUCAGAGCCAAGAGUCAAGAGGAGGUCUCGGCAGAGCAGUGUAGAGGACCUAAUGAAACUGGCCAAGCAGUUUGACAAGAACAUGCAGCAAGACGAGGAGAUUUCCGAGCAUCUCAACACUGUCAACAGUAACCACAAAGAAUGUGUGAACACUUCCAAAUUUAAGCCAACAGAGACAUCAUUCCGUGGCGACGUGAAAGACCUGAAGUGUCCUUCCUCGUCGGAUCAGGUGGAGGCAGAGUUGCACGCUCUGUUUGACUCUUCCACUCAGAAAGUCAGUGGCCCGCUCAGCCAGGGCUCCUCUGUGUCAGCCUGCUCACAGGAAUUAAAAAAACUGCCCACGACUACAACCUUAGCUGAGCCCCAACAAUUGGAGCUCAAGUUAGCUCACAAGUCCAGAUCAGCUGCACAAGCUGCUGAAGGAAAGGGAUCUUGUGAUGACUUUGACGAUGAUUGGGAGAAUGAUGACCUACUUAAUGACUCCUUUGUGCUGGCAUUGACCCAGAAUCCUGACCAGCAACAGGACACCAACCCGACAAACACUUUUCAGCCCAACACUAAGAUAAAUGCUGCACAUUCGACCUCUGUUUGUAAACCGAGUGCAGACACAAACUCUUCCCAUCAACGCUCAGACCUGCGCUCUAACCCAAGCUGCAGUUUAAUCCAGAAACUGUGCCCCAAACCAAAGACGACCAACCGAAGCACUUUCAAGUUAGAGUCCAACCCACACUUCAAGUUGCAGACGGCUGCCAAAGAGGCUCCCAAGUCCAGCUGCACUGUAACACGAGCUAAACCACAAAUGUCCGAACAGAAAUCUGUUUCCACAAAGAGGCUGACUACUCCUCAACCUGACAAGAUCGCUAAUGAUCAGCGGGGGGCUUGUGUAGCUGCAGACUCAAUUAAAGACAUUUCAGACGGCUUAUGGGACGAAUGGGACGACGAUGCGCUGCUCCAGGUGUGUGACAGUGUGGAGCGAAUCUCCAACAGUCAGCCACAGCAAGUGAGCCCCAGUAGCUGCCAAGCGAAGGAAGAUACUGCUGUAGAGAGACAGCGAAAAACAACCGCACCCGUGCCAAUCGGCAAGGCCUGGUCAACAAAAGCAGGUGCCAGUAGCAACCAACAGUCCCCACGUGCUUUUGCGCGUUCUAACUCACUACCUGGGACCAGCAGUGGAACUGUGAAUUAUCAGGGAUGGAACAUUGAAAUGAAAGGUGCCAACAAGAAGUCAGGGAUGUCUCAGAGCCUCCCAGGAAGCCGCGUCAGUCUGGGCACAUUUAACCAGUGCAGGGAUUCCUCUGGAACUGUGCUGGCCGUGAAUGUGGAUAUGAAGCCACAUACAGUGACAACCAGGGCGACAGAGAAGUCCCAUCACACAGCCUUCAAGAGAAAUGUGUCCGACUCAGCAGCAAUAAGCAGCAAAGUUUUUGUCACAAGCCAGAUGGCGGGGAAGUGCUCUGCAGCUGAGAUUGAGAGGAAGAAACAGGAAGCUUUGGCCAGGAGGCGACUGCGGAUGCAGAAUGCCUCCAAACCAUGACGGAGCUGCAUCCUGACUGAAGGGACAUUAUCAUGCUGUAAUAAACCUGAACACAACUCGUUAAGUGUUAAGAGUUUCCCGAUCAACACGUUUGUUUUUUUUACUUGGCACUUUGGCACAAAAUGGAAAUAUUAAGGACAGGUGAGCGCUUGAUAUUUAUCCAGAACUGCUGGAAGUUUUUGCUGCUUUUUUUUUUUUUUUUCAGUAGUUAGAGUAGUAGAGAGUAGUUUCUAUCCAUUGAGCAAAAACACACUUUAACUAAUGACAUUCCCCCCCCCCAACAUCAUAAUUUCAGCUCCAUACAGAACAUGUCAAGUUUGACUGACAAGAAACGAAAUCCAUCAUGCAAUGAUGAGAGAGAUUAUGUGCCUUAAACAUUUAUUAAUACAAACUAUUUGGCAAUUUCCCUAACUUUGUAAUAAAAAAAAACAACAUUUGUGGUGCAAAACAAAGACGUUUCUUUUGGGCCAUAAUGCAUGGUUAAUUUAUGAAGGUGUCUGUUUUAUACAU